AUGGUAGUAGCUGUUGGCGUCGUUGUUGUCGGAGUCGUCGUUGUCAUAGUCGUCGUCGUCGUCGUCGUCGUCGUCGUCGUCGUUGUCGAUGUCGUAGUUGUUGUUGUUGUUGUUUUUGACGUUGUUGUUGCCGUUGUAGUAGUUGUUGCUGUUGACAUAGCAGUGGCAGUGGUUCGAAUUGUGUCUAUGCGUAAUUGGAAAUUGUCCGUCGCGUAG